AUGCCGAAACCGAAGCAAUUUCUCUCGGUGAAAAAGAAAUCGAAGCAUGCUGCAGCGACGCCUCAGACAGCGGACGAGUAUCUGGCUGCCGGCGUAGACUUCGAGGAAGCCGGUGAGAAGUGGAGAGGAGGGGAUCGUGCAAAAUCCACCCGAUUCUUCGUCAGAGCCAUUGACUGCUACGAUGAAGCUCUGAGGAAGUUUCCAGGGUCCUUUGACUUGGCAUAUAAUAAAGCUAGAGUUCAGUAUGAGCUCACUCAACAUCCAAAAUUGCUGAAAGAGCUUCCUAUGUCUCUGUUAGAUCUUCUCCAGACUGCUCUUGAAAGCAGUAGGCUUGCACUGAGCUUGAACGGAGAGAACGCCGAUGCUUUGUUCAACACCGCUCAAAUCCUUGUCAGUCUAACGGAAAAGCUCGCCGAGUCACCCUCAGGCCCAGCUCCUUUGCAUCUGAUUGAGGAAGCCUUGAGGCUUUUCCAAAAAUGCCUCGAGGUCCAGGAGAAGCAGGCCAAAGACUCGGCUGCCCAAAGUCAAGAGGCCCAGUCCAUGUUUGAUACAGAGUACAAUUCUGGAGACGUCAGUGAUACCGAGGAAGGCGGUGUUGCUAUCGCACAAGAUACUUCGAUGGAUAUAGAUGGCGGGGAACCUGCUCAGGACGAGAGAUGGGCUAGUAUUAUCGAGCCGGUCACUAACAGUGUGCUUCUGGAUACUAUCCUGGCACAGCUCGAGACUUUGAUUACCAUGUGUGGGCUGAUUGUUCGGGUCGAUGAGCGAGCUAUUGGGUCGAUUGAGCAAUACGCCAAAGAUCUCAUUGAAGUAAAAUUGCCAGCAUAUACUCCAAGUACAAACCGGGGUCUCGAGGCUGCCAUAUACCGCGCGACUUUCACCAGCGCCCACUCCUGUCUAAAAUUCCAAGCCUCGCUUCUCGAUUCCAAGAGCUACCUCUCCAGCAUAAAAACCGCGUACGCCUUCCCUCUCGACACCUCCGCCGAGGGCCUCUGCCGUUUCGCCGAAGCCCUCGUGACAUUCAAUACCACAGUCCGUCUUUCUUUGCACGAUGCCAAAACCCUCCAACUGCGGUGGGCCGCGCUCUCAGACGCACUGAAGUGUUUCACGGCUGCGAGCCAGAUCUAUGGCGCGGAUAACAUUGUGAAAAUCCAUAUUGCGAGGGGUGACUGCGAGGUGGGAAGGUUCCAGCUGGGGGAGAGUGGAUUCAAGGCUGCGUUUGAUAAUCGGGAGGUGCUGUUGAGGAAUGCUGGAAAGUUUUAUGCGGGAGCGAAGGCCUUGGCACCUACGCACGCUCAUGAGGACGAGGAAUUUGAGGCGAUGCUCAAGGGGUACCUGACCCAGGCCUUGCUAGGCGACCCUAAGGCCUUUCAAAAUGCGCUGGAGGAGUUCCGCAACACCCGGCCUUUACUAGCCGAGAUGCUUGACGAGGGCUUGGUCUCGGAGAGCCAGUUGGCAGGUUUGGGUAUCGGUAGUGGUUGA